AUGCAGCGGAAAACCAACUCGCAACAGAGCAGCGUAUUGGACACCCCCCGCAACGACAAUAUCCUCAGCAUAAGCCACACAUCCCGACGCGCACUACGACGCGAUCAGCACCCAUCCAAUCUGGAACCUAUACCCCUCUACGAUGUCGGUUACAACUUGCUGGAAUAUUGGAAGCCCCCAGUGGUCGCAUUCUUUGACCAGUUCUCCGCGCCCGGUGCCGCUCCGUUCCAACUCGACAUCUUCUGGAUUGAAUCCAAUAUUUGCAUCGUUUGCUCGCAGGAGGCGCUCGAGAAGCUCGAGAGAGCAACAACCGCACAGAUGUCGCCGCCGCGCGCACCGAUGAGGUUGCCCUCCCUCAACCUCUUUACCUAUCCUUCUCCCGAAGGCCCUCGCGCAAAAUACUCGGGUUUGUUCGAGUUUGCUAGGAAUCGCCAAGUUGUGCGUCUUCCACGAACACGCGAUGGUGUCGACGCAGAUAAGAACGCGUCUCUCGAGGUCUUGCGUACCGCCUGUCGGUCGAAGCACAACUGGGCUCUCACUCCCGGAAUGGAGGAACUUCUUAAAGGGGAGGAGACCUUCGUGGAUGUUGUGCGUCUGGACUACAAGGGAGAGGAUCAAGAUGUGUUGAGGCGGAUGAUGGGACAGCAACUUCAAGUCGGAUGGCUUGAGCCCAAGCCAUACGUGGCCUUCUAG